ACUAGCUUCUAUUGAUAUACUGGGCGCUUUCCAUUCAUUGAAAAACUUGGAAAUUUCCAGUGGCGAAUGGAACAGCGUUUUGCGGAAUUUGCAAAAAAAGGACUGCCUUGUAAUGUAGUUGACAGGAGAUAAAUGUUCCAAAUGAUUCAAAUCCUUUUCCAGAAGUGGAAAACAUUUCUCAAAUUAUGGUUUUCAGCGGUGGCGGUUCAAAUUCUCUUCUACCAAUAUUUCAGCAACGAAGACAAAUCACAGCAUCUCGAGAACUCGAUGAGAAUCUCGCGUCAUAUCGACCACUUCCAAGUAAACUGGUGUCGUGUUCGUAGAGCUCGAGUCGACUUGGACUCGCUGUUGAGACCUUGUUUCUACAACGUCUCGUGGAAUGGAGAGUCACCGAACCGUCAGCUACAAACGGAUGCCGCUAAAAGUUUGAUUUCGUUCUUUGACAUUAGACCAGCGGGUCAGUUCAGCCGCUUUAGCAUUCAAACCAAGACUCGCGAUGGAAAACUGAAGCUUAUUGGUGGCGACUCGUGGCGUGUUUUGCUUCGCGGUCCGGCCACGGUGUCACCCACUGCUUUUGAUCAUGGAAAUGGUACAUACGAAUUUCUGUUUCUAGUUAUGGAUCCAGGAGUAUAUAAGUUGGAUAUCACUUUGGACUAUAGCUUAUGUGAUGGAUACCGCGAUCCACCGAAAAACUGGUUUAUAGUUGGGAAUUCUCACGGUAAAGUGCAGAAAGAUGGUACGCUUGGUGUAAACCGUGCAAAGGAAGAUUACCUUCUUCAACCGUUCCACAAUGGGAAACUCCUCAUGAUCAGUGUACCGUUGCCUAGUGAUGGUGGAACCCAUUUAAUAAACAGGCUAUCAAGGCGUUCUGACAGUGCAAAUGUUUCCUUUGGCCUUGACCUGUCGUGUGGUAUGAAAUGCAAUUUCAUGUGGGAUGGCUUAGGCCGUUGGCUGGGAAAAAAUUGGAAGCCAUAUCUUAGAGGGAUUUCAAAUGAUCCCCAGCUUAAAACCUUAUCUUCUCCAGGUCCCAAACUUCAAACAUUGUGGAUUUUCGGUGACUCACAAGCUGAACGAUUGUAUCUAUCAAUAAAGAAUGGAACGCUGUGUAAAGAGAUCUUUAAAACUUGUAAUCUCACUAAAAUGUGGACGUACGCUUGGCCGAGUGUAACACCAGUAGCCUGGGACGACAAGGACUUUAAUCCCCAGCAAGUUGUAGAUCUUGUUCGAAGAGUUCUGGAAAAACCGGAGAUGAAUGAAAACAGCGCAAUGGUUUUAAAUCUGGGCCUACACUACAUUGAAAGCACAAGUCUCGCAAAUUAUCGCCAACUGCUGAAUGGAGUUAUAGAUCUUUUAAAUGAAAGGAACGCAGAAACUGGUGAUUCGAAGCAUAAGGCACGUAUUAUUUGGAAAACUACAACAUCUAUGAACAAGGAAAAAGACACAGGAAGCCGGUUAAAGAGCGACUGGCAACGAUUCCUAAACUUACCGCGAGUGGGACUCUACAAUGCCUUGGCCACGUCCCUUAUGUGCGGAGCUGGCUUGGAGGUCCUUGAUGUUUACCCAUUUACUAGGUCCUAUCCAGGAGGUACCGGGGGACCCGACGUUGCGCAUUACAAGGAACAUGACACGGUACAUUUCAAGUACCUAGCCAUGAAGCCUCUUGAUCUAUUUUUGGAAGAUUACUUUCUCGGCAAAGUACCACUUCCUAUAGAUCUUCAAAAUUAUCAAUUUUCUUGACUUCGCGGGCCUUACCAGUUUUAAUUACAAAGGCUGAAACUCUUAACCUCGAAUUAUCCUUUUCAAGAUACAAAUCAGUUAUCUCAUAUUUUUUGUCGUAGUAUCUAGAUAUUGAUUAAAUUUUAUCAGUCAGUUUAUUUGUGAACUACGCAAUCGUUUCUUUGCCAAAUUUAAGCUAGUAUUUUUUUUCUCAGGCAAUAACCCGUGACAGAGCUGGGAACAUUUUGCCUAAUAGGGAACCCGAGUUACGGAAGGCUUACGAGCGAAAUCUUUCCGCAGCGGGAAGAACAAACCCAUGGAAGUUUUGCUUCCAGAAAAAGUUUCUCACAACGUUGUAAAUUUAAAAGGAAAAAUCACUCAUUGAGUUGAAGGUUUAAUUGUUGUCCUUGAGAGGGAGCGUUUUGAUACCCCUUAACAAGAGACAAAGUGAAACAGUAGUUGACCAGUUUUACCGUAGUUUGCCGUUGUUUGUGUUCUAGCCAUUGCGACUGAUCAUGAACUGUUAGGCGUCAAUGGUACUAGGUCCCAUUUAUCUCUUAAAAUGCCUUACUUCUCUACCGUUUGUUGCCCAAGACUAAGUGCAUAAAUGGAUAUUGGCGAAAGAAAUGCUGAAGGUUACGAGGUAAGAGUGCUAUAUGAAGGUGAAAAUCUCUGUCUACAGUUAUAACGUCUUGAUAACCUACAAAUUUUCGUUGGCUAGCAUUCAAAGAAAUGUAAGAAGAUCGUUGGGGAGAAAUUGAUACUUUGAGCCUGGAAUGUGAGUGAUCAGCAACAAAUUUCUGUUCACAAAACUCCUUCGCAUGUUGUUGUCAAAUUAGCAGCUAAGACAUUUAAUUGGGAAAGGCUCAGCGCCACCCAUACAUUUAUAAAUAAUAAGGUGGUUCUGAACUCUUCAGAACAUUCGAUGGCCACUUGCCAUCUCCAUGGCAACUAAAUUUAACGUCAAACGCAUCUGAUUCUGUUUUACAGAACGUUCUCUGUCAGCAUUGUCCACUUAGCCAGCUGGUGUAGAGUGCCAAAAACGAGAAGGUUUAUUUAAUUACUAAGAAAUAGUUUCUCCCUUACAAUAAAGCAGUUUUAUUUUA